AUGCAAGUGCCGGCUGUUCUGAAACAGGUAUUUGAUACCUUCCCCUUAGCCACUUAUAAUAAUAAUAUGCCUAAAAAUGACGAGGCUCUAAAGCAAGAACUUCAGCAUAGGACGUAUGCCUUCCAAGGCGCAGCUACGGCUAAAAAGUCAGUUGACAAUCCUAGGAAGCUAGUAGUGCACAACAUCACCACACAUAAUAACACAGGAGCAGUGCUAUCCGCGGAUCCAUGGUGCUUAUUUGCCCAGUUAAUGUUCUGUAAAAUCAACUCUUUAAAAUUACCCUCAUCGGAUACAUCCAAAGAACCGUCUCGCAGCAAUGGAGCACAUGAUACCAUCUUUGUAGGGUCACACUACUCUUCUCCACACGAAAAACUUCCAUAUCUGGUCUACGGUUCAAAAACCCAGUCAGACCGCUCGAGCAUCAGCCUGCACAAGGCUCUCACUUAUGACAGCGCUUCUGAAAACUCGGUCGAAAAAAUGUACAUUGCCCUUCUUGACACCACACUGAACGACUUUUACGUGUCUCAGCUCCUGUUUGAGAUAUCUGACCAUCUGCUAGUCCAGCUCUACUAUCCUUACUAUAAAAAGCCGUCGGCCUUGUUCGACUGGCUGGUCCUACGUCCAAUACAGCUCUAUCUAAUAGAAAGAUGUGACUUUUCAUUGCGCAACAUGGAGCUGGCUCUUCUCAUGUCCUCUCGCUUCAUGGGCCGUAAAAUAAAUCCAACGCCGCUUACCUCUAAACUACAAGAGAGCGGGGAAACUGUCUUACUACAAUUUCAAGACCUGCUUGGCUCCAAUGACUACAUCCCCACUACCACAGAGGACGACCAGGCCAAAGCUUCCGAAAAUGCAUCUCCAGGCCUUCUAGAUCUAAAGUUAGCUAGCUACAUUUUCUGCAUAGGCCUUUUGGAGGGCUCGCCAUUAAAAAAGUUCGUCGACGAGAACUGCCAGCAACUUCAGCAGCAUGCGGAAAGGGUGAUAGCAGCAUAUGUAUAG